AUGCUUGCAGAGUCCAAUGGCAGUCCAUAUGCCGGUGGAGAUACACCUAAGCUCCGAACUGCCUGUGAAAAUUGCAGACAAUCCAAGGUGAAAUGCAACCUAUCAGGCAAGAGUGUUUGUACUCGUUGCCUGCGUCACGGCCUACAGUGCCAAUACGGAUUCGCCAAUCGCUCUGGUAAACCAAAAGGCAGCAAGAACCGAGCCACCCUCCGCAAGCUGGGCCAAUUGCAAGAAGAAAAGCCACCGAUGCGAGGUUUCCGCAGUAGUCGGCUCGUGGCUCCAGUGGCUCCAGUGGCUGACAUGGAGGCGCUGGGAAAUAACUACAGUCAUAUUCCCGACCCAACAAUUGACGACGAUGUAUGUUUGAUAUCAAAUCAACCGGGCUUUUGGGAAAGUCCCCGAAGCUUCGGAAACACAGCAACCCUGGAAUCCUCCGUCUGUCCAGGGCAACUGACGACAGUUGAAACCUCACCAUUCACUGAUCUCGUGGACCCAUGUCCUGCUCUCCCAGCUGGUCUGGGCUACCCACACACCCCGGUGACCCCGACAUUCCUGUCCGGCGAACUGGGCGACACAAUGGCCAGUCCGUCGCUAGCAGGCUCCGUGACUUCGCCGUAUCCGCUCUCCUCGUGCGAGUGCGUAGAUAUGCAGCUGUUCCACAUGAAUCGGCUGAAUCAUCUGCUCGCCGGCUCCAUGCCCCUGCGACUCGACCAUAGUCUGCAGACGAUCAAAUGCACAUUCUGUGCCUGUCAGAUGUUCCUGCAGUGUACGAAGUGUGCCAAGGACAGCACAAAUCUACUGCUGACUAUCUCGGUGCUCAACCUGACCCUCCAGCUCUUCGAGUACUGGGUUUCGCGAGAGACGUCCCGUGCACCGCGCCCAGAACACGGCGUCGACAUCCGCUACGGUUACUAUGAGAUCUGCCACGAGGAAAACAGACAGAUACGGAAUUUCUUACUCCGAGGACUGCUUUUACAGUGCAGGGUUGUAUUGGUGGCUCUGAAAAGCACCGCUAGUGCUGCCGAUAUCCAGAUCCCCAAACCGGGCGACCAGGAAGGUCCAUCGGCGUCAAAACUCUCAGAGGACCAUACCGGCCAGCACUGGAUUCCUUCAGAGCAUGUUGGGAUCCUCCCAGACUUGGAUACCGAUAUUCUGGGCGGUACACCCAGAAGCGAAGGCCUGCUCCCCAUCAUCGCAGGCUACGAAGCUACCGUCUCGGCAUUCCUACAAUCAACUUCAUGGGGCGAGUGUAUCUGUGGAUCUGGACGCGCCAUGCAUGACGAGUCUCUUUGA